UCUCAACCCAAGAACUUCCCGCUUCAAGCCUCCUCUCUCUGAAUCUUGUCCUCCCACUCUACCAGUCUCGGAAUGGACAUAACGUCACAGCCCUUCACCAUCUUCCUCCUCUUCCAUCCCAAGAGGGAGUGCAUCGUGAUGCGCUGCAGCCCGACCGCUGCUUUCCGCCGUGUUCUACAUGCCUACGCUAUGAAGACGAAGGAAUGCGUCACCGCUCUCCGCUUCGACGGCACGCCGAUCACAGCGGACUCGUCCCCCAAGGACUUGUGUCUGCCCCAGGGCGCGAUCGUCGAGAUCACGGGCGUGCACACGUUUACCGCGGAGUGCACUAGCAGCGGACACGUCUGCCCAUUGCAUGAGCGUGACACGUCCGGGAACAAGCUCGCGAUCGGCCCUCUCUUCCUUGACACCGGGGGCGUGGAAGACCGCAUUCAGUGCCUCGAGCUCGAGUGAGUCUGUUUCGUCCUACCAUUCCAAGGGAUCGACUGCAACGAGCGGUGCAUGAGAAGGGAUUUUGUUGUUGUACAGCAUAUUUGAUGCCACCC